CGAUUGCUAUCUGCGAAUCAGGCGAAGUUCAAAUGGAGAAUCCGACGAGCGAGACGAAACCGUUUUUGGGCGGGUGGAGGAGCAAGGUCACCGGUAUAAUCUAUUUAAACGCGUACGCGCAGACCGAAAGGAAGAAGAACGAGAGAAGAGUGCAGACGGAAUUUACCAUGGACAAAUUCACGAAUAUGGAACGCAACAUCGGAGUGCAAACGAAUUUCUUCCCCGACGUUCGCGACAGACUCGUGAAGAGCACUCUCAAGGAUCCGAGCUUCAAGCGUGACACGGACGAGAGGGUCCUGGAAAGUGUCGUAAAGAUACAGAGGUUUUACAGAGCUCACCAUCGUCAGGAGACCGCGAACGGCGCUUCGGUUCGUCCUAAGAACACGGACCGACAACGGCAAAUACAGCCGGAACCACCGAAUCCCUAUCGUAGCCGGGAUUUCGUGAUACUAAACCGCACGCCGCCGACCACCAGGACGGACUUCGAGUUGCUGUACAAUCUGCUGGACCGUUGGCGCGUCCGCGAGACAGAGACGGCUAGAUCGCAAUUGUUUGAGCCGUCGAGGCUCGCGCUCUGCAGUUUAAUCCUGUCGAAGGAAGUGGAGCUACUCCGAGCCAUAGACGCGAUGAAAACUACUGUCAAAUUCAAGAAGAAAGAGAAGUCGUACAGGAAGUUCCUCGACGAGCUGUCGAAAUUGGUGCCAUGGAAGAACAGUCGCGGAGAAAUGAUCUACGUGGAGACUGAACGCGUGCAGCGGGCUAGAUACUUCAGAGAUAUCUUCGAACAAUUGUCAGAUGACGACAGAAGCGUUAAAGACCGGUUGGAAGUGUUGAGGAAGCUGAGGAGGGACACCGAACCCCACACCUGUAAGAUAAGCGAUGAAGUGAUACGUCUAUUGGAUCAAGAGAUUGAUCUUUUAAUUCGUAAUGUAGAUAGGAGUAAGUUGAACUGGUUGAGGAACAGAUUGAAGAUGGCUUUCUUAAAACUUGCCAGAGAGGCAUUAAGGAACGAGUGCGAGGAUGCAGAUUUAGUUGGUUGUGUGUCUAAAAUCGUCUGCAGGAGCUGUGGCAGGCUGUUGCCUAUAGAUAAGUUCCCGUGCGAUAAAGAGCAACGUUCUUUAUCAUGUAAUUACUGCUUGUACGUAGAAACUCGGAACGAGCCUAGAAUUGUGUACGAGGCCUACGAGAGAUUGCUCCGCGACUUGAGACGUCGCGAAGCCAAGCUGCAGUGUUACAUUAGUUUGGCUUUCGUGAUCGACGCGAAGAUCGUUUAUCAUUUGGUGAACGAUAUUUGGCAUGGGAAAUCGGCGAUCUCUGAGAACGACUGUCUGGAAGAAUUGAGACUGACAAGAUUUCGAAACGACCAAGAGUGGUCCCCGUGGAAUUGCCUUCUGUUAAAUGCGGAGGAAGCUUCGUUGCACCGGAAGAUCAAAGACCCCGAUAACUUUUACGGUGCGAUGAUAUUGCAGAAGUUCUACACGAAAAAUUUGCUGGCCAAAGCUCGGUUCAAAUCCAUACUCGAAUUUAACAGUGGUCAUGAACAGAGCGAAUCUAAUUAAC